UUAAUAUUUUUUCACGUAAUUCAGUGUUGUUUUUAUUAUAGUUAUUGAAAUGUGUACAAAGAUAAAACUAUGCUUACAGCUUCUGUAGAACUAUAAAACUCACUAUGAACUGACGAUUGUUUCACCAAAACCAAGUCACUGCUUAUGACAUGACCAGUGCUAGGACUGCGACGGUGGUGGGACUCGGGUGGGGGAUGCCUGUGCCACGUGUGCUGAUAGAAGUUCCCAGACUCUUCUAUCACUUGAGCAAGACUGCCACAGAGCCACUGUGCUCCCAGAGUGUUGUGAUGUCAUUUGGCCUUUGCUAGAACUGAACCACACGUAUAGAGUCUGUUUUCUGCCUACUUAGCUUGUGACAUUUUGAGUCAAUGCAAAUCAUUGCUGGAAGGUGUUAAUGCCGUUUUGUUUUUUGUUUUUUAAGAUUAUGACUAAGGCUAGGCGCAGUGGCUCACACCUGUAAUCCUAGCACUUCAGGAGGCCAAAGCAUGGGGAUCACUUGAGCCCAGGAGUUUGAGACCAACCUAGGCAACAUGGCAAAACCUCGUCUCUACAAACAAUACAAAAAUCAGCCAGGUGUGGUGGUGCACUCCUGUGGGCCCAGCUACUUGGGAGGCUGAGGUGGGAGGAUCGUUUGAGCCCAAGAGGGUGAGGCUGCAGUGAGCUAUGUUUGUGCCACUGCACUCCAGCCUGGAAGACAGAAUGAUACCAUCUCAAGGAAGCAAAAAAAAAAAAAAGAUUAUGACUAAAAAAUGGUUAGGCAGUGUCAGAACUCAGAGACUGACAGCUUGAGAAUGAGAAACACUGUCCUGCCUGGUGGUUAAGAGCAUGAGCCUCCACCGGGGACCCAGCUCUGCCAGGUGUGCUUGUGGGAGCGUGAGCCACCACUGGAAUCUCUGAAUGUCUGUGUCCUCAUCUCUAAUGCCAGAGCUCACAAUACCUCCCUUGCAGGGCUAUUGUGAGAAUAAAAUAAGAUGCAGGUAAAUCUUAGCUCAGUGCCUGCCAUGAAGGAGGUGGGUGUUGAAAUCAUGAAUAAAAGAAGAAAGAUUAAGGAUGUGAAUAAUAUAAUUGUCUUUAAGUGGGUUCUGGAUAGCUUUUUCCCCCCAUGGGUGCUGAAGAAGACCUGAAUAAAAGAAAGAUCAAGGCCGGGCACGGUGGCUCAUGCCUGUAAUCCCAGCACUCCGGGAGGCCGAGGCGGGCGGAUUGCUUGAGGUCAGGAGUUUGAGACCAGCCUGGCCAAUAUGGUAAAACCCUCUCUACUAAAAAUUCAAAAAUUAGCUGGGCAUGGUGGCAGGCACCUGUAAUUCCAGCUACUCAGGAGGCUGAGGCAGGAGAAUCGCUUGAACCUGGGAGGUGGAGGUUGCAGCGAGCAGAGAUCGUGCCACUGCACUCCAGCCUGGGUGACAAAGCUACACUCCUUCUCAGAAAAAAAAAAAAAAGAUUGAGGCUUUGGAUAAUAUAAUUGUCUUUCAGUGGGUUUGGAUAGCUUUAGGUGACUGUUAGGUGGAAGGCAUCAGGACGAGGACUGUCAGUGGAGGGGUCUGAGCACCAUCCUGGCACUGUAUUCAUCCAUUUACAUCUUUGCACACACAUGCUGUGAUUUGCUCUGAGCUGCAGCAUUGGGCAGAGAGAAGUGUUGCCCCAUGUGUUUAUAGGAGCAACUUGAUGUAAGAGAACAAUCUCCCCAGCCAACUUUUUGUCAGUGUAUUCAGAAAGUUGUAAACUUACCCAGUAUUAUAUCCCCAAGAAGCAGGAACUAAAAAAUGACAGCCCUAAUGAAGGGUGGAAAGACCUCUUCUGAGGUGGUAGAUUCUGUGUAGCACCCAUGAAGUUGGUAAGCCACUGAGGUUUUGAGGUGAAAGCAAAACUUCCUCCUGCGAGCCAAACAUGGGAGUAUCAUGGCAGUUCUAUUAUGAAUAUCUAUGUGUGGCCCUGAAAUGGGCCUAAAUGUGACUUGUGGAGUUAAUCAUUAGCCCAGCGGUUGUCUGAACGACUUGAUUCCCCUGGGCUACGAGCAGUUCACCUGCAGAGGAGGCUCCAGAAAGCGGCAUGUCCCCUUUGCUCUUUGGGGCUGGGCUGGUCGUUCUGAAUCUAGUGACGUCUGCCAGGAGCCAGAAGACAGAACCUCUAAGUGGCUCUGGGGACCAGCCACUCUUCCAUGGAGCUGAUCGAUAUGACUUUGCCAUCAUGAUCCCUCCAGGAGGCACGGAAUGCUUUUGGCAGUUUGCCCACCAGACUGGAUACUUCUAUUUCAGUUACGAGGUUCAGCGGACAGUGGGGAUGUCACAUGACUGGCAUGUUGCUGCCACGGCACAUAACCCACAGGGAUUUCUCAUAGACACCUCCCAGGGUGUUCGGGGCCAGAUUAACUUCUCUACCCAAGAGACAGGUUUUUAUCAGCUUUGUCUAAGUAAUCAGCAUAAUCACUUCGGUUCUGUGCAAGUGUACCUCAACUUCGGAGUCUUCUAUGAGGGGCCUGAGACUGAUCACAAACAGAAGGAAAGAAAACAACUGAACGAUACUCUGGAUGCAAUAGAGGACAGCACUCAAAAGGUGCAGAACAAUAUCUUUCACAUGUGGCGAUACUACAACUUUGCCCGGAUGAGGAAAAUGGCUGACUUUUUCCUUAUCCAAUCAAACUAUAACUAUGUGAACUGGUGGUCGACAGCCCAGAGCCUCAUUAUUAUUCUUUCUGGGAUCCUGCAACUGUAUUUCUUGAAGCGUCUCUUCAAUGUUCCAACAACUACAGACACAAAGAAGCCAAGAUGCUAAGCUAAGGUGACUAUAGCACCCUGGCUCUUUUCUUCUGGGGCUUAGUUGAAUCAGCUUUGUAAUGUUAUGGGACAAAAAUCAAUUUAUCUCAUUAAUGUUUUAGUCUGCUGCACACAUCUAAAAAAGCAAAAUGGCAAUAAAAUAAUAACAAUGAAAAAGUUCUGAAUUAGUAUGUAUUAAAUGUAUGCAUCAAAAUACUGUUCAUCAUAUAGCAGUCCCUUAGCCUUCACUGAGUCUACUUAGAGACUAACAGAAAACCUUAGA